AGUUCAUUUGCAACCAUGCUUCGGACACAACCUGUGUGUCUUCUCUCCCUGAUUUUCUCUGCCCACAUAGCAGCUGUAUCGAUUAAUCAUCAUUUGAAUGAACAUGCGGACCACGAUACAGAUGUUGGCGAACUAAAGGAUAUUUCACAAAUCAACUUAGCUGCAGGCCUGAACCUCUUUCAAGGGGACAUCCUUCUGCCUAGAACCAGAAAUGCCCUGACAGACCCAACAAGCAGAUGGAAGCUCCCCAUCCCGUACAUUCUGGCUGACAAUCUGGAUCUGAACGCCAAAGGAGCUAUCCUCAUUGCCUUUGAGAUGUUCCGCCUCAAGUCUUGUGUGGACUUCAAGCCCUAUGAAGGGGAGAGCUCGUACAUCAUCUUCCAGCAAUUUUCUGGGUGCUGGUCUAUGGUUGGUGAUCAACAUGGGGGACAGAACAUUUCCAUUGGUGAGAGAUGUGACUAUAAAGCUAUCAUCGAACAUGAAAUUCUGCACGCUCUGGGGUUCCACCAUGAGCAGUCAAGGACUGACCGGGAUGAUUACGUGGACAUCUGGUGGGAUGAAAUCAUGACAGACUAUGAACAUAAUUUCGAGACAUAUGACGACAACACCAUCACAGACCUCAACACACCCUAUGAUUAUGAGUCCGUGAUGCACUAUGGGCCAUUUUCAUUUAACAAGAACGAGAGCGUCCCUACCAUCACUACCAAGAUCCCUGAGUUUAACGCCAUCAUUGGACAGCGCCUGGAUUUCAGUACCAUUGAUUUAAUGAGACUGAAUCGGAUGUACAAUUGCACCACAACACAUACCCUGUUGGACCACUGCGCCUUUGAGAAGACCAACAUCUGCGGAAUGAUCCAGGGGACCAUAGAUGAUGCUGACUGGGUUCGCUGGGACAGCAGUCAGCCUGGACAAGUGGACCACACCUUGGUGGGACAGUGUAAAGGGGCCGGCUACUUCAUGUCCUUCAACACCAGCUCGGGGGCAACAGGAGAGGGAGCACUUCUGGAGUCUCGGAUCCUUUACCCCAAGAGGAAGCAGCAGUGUUUGCAGUUUUUUUAUAAGAUGACAAGAAGCCCUGCAGACAGACUUGAAGUCUGGGUGAGAAGGGACGACAGCACGGGCAAGGUGCGCCAGCUGGCCAAGAUCCAGACCUUUCGAGGAGAUUCCGAUCACAACUGGAAAAUUGCUCAUGUGACACUCAAGGAAGAAAAGAAAUUUCGAUAUGUUUUCCUGGGUGCCAAAGGUGACCCUGGUAACUCAGAUGGCGGUAUUUACCUUGAUGACAUCACUUUGACAGAAACCCCCUGCCCUACAGGGGUUUGGACCAUCCGGAAUAUCUCCCAGGUCAUUGAGAACACAGCGCAAGGGGAGAAGCUCCUGAGCCCUAGGUUCUACAAUUCUGAGGGUUAUGGUUUUGGGGUGACCUUGUACCCCAAUGGUAGAAUCACCAGUAACCCUGGAUACCUGGGACUCGCUUUCCACUUGUGCAGUGGGGAUAACGAUAUGAUUCUGGAGUGGCCGGUGGAAAACAGACAGGCCAUAAUGACCAUCCUGGACCAGGAGCCUGAUGCCAGGAACAGGAUGUCCCUGACCUUGACGUUCACCACCUCCAAGUCCCAAACAUCUCCAGCUAUAAAUGACUCUGUCAUCUGGGACAGGCCAUCCAAGGUGGGAGUCUAUGAUACGGACUGCAAUUGUUUUAGAAGCAUUGACUGGGGCUGGGGCCAGGCCAUCUCCCACCAGCUGCUGAAGAGAAGAAGUUUCCUUAAAGACGACACCCUCAUCAUCUCCGUGGACUUUCAAGACCUCACCCACCUGAACCAGACUGAAGUGCCCACUUCAGGCAGAAGCGUGAUGCCCCGAGGCCUCCUUCUGCAAGAUCAGGAGCCUCUUGCCUUGGGAGAAGGCUCCAGAAAAGCCAGGACAGAGGAAUCCCUGCCAAGCAGCCUGGGCCAGAGACAGCCCAGCAGACAGAAGCGCUCAGUGGAGAACACAGGCCCCAUGGAGGACCACAACUGGCCACAGUACUUCAGAGAUCCCUGUGACCCAAACCCUUGCCAGAAUGAAGGCACGUGUGUGAACGUGAAGGGAAUGGCCAGCUGCAGGUGCGUCUCUGGGCAUGCCUUUUUCUACACGGGAGAGCGCUGUCAGGCCAUGCAUGUGCAUGGCAGCUUGCUGGGCCUGGCCAUUGGCUGCGUUGCUGGUUUGAUCUUCUUGACCUUCGUCAUGUUUUCCAACACUUACCAAAAGUGA